UCAAGAUAUGUGGAUGGGCAGGCAGAGGUAGGCUCAGCGGAGCUAUGUUUGUAUGAACAUAUGUACUGCAUUUCCACAGGCAGGGGUGGUUAAUUAAGUAUAUUCUUAGAGUUUCUGGGAGGCUUAUCCUGUUGUCCUAAAUUCUUACGUUAAUCCAGGCUACUCAAAGGAACUUUUCUUCCUUGUAACAGUGAAGUCUUGCAUGCUCUUUCCAUGUCAAUGUGCUUGUAGGUCAUCAAGGUGUUAAUUUUAAGCGAGGCUCUCUUUGCUCAGCCCCUUCCUCUGUGUUUUAAGGCAUGGACGUGCAGUUGCGGACAAUUUAGAGGUGUGUAUGCGCCACCGGUACAGGAGAAGAUAUUUUCUCUGUGGAGGUUGUAAGGCUGCCCGGUGAAGACUGCGUAGUCUUUGCAUUCAUGUAGGAAAAUUAGUUCAGAUGACAGAUUCUUGAUUCUUCUUUUGAUUGAGAGUUGCUUGUGAUGCAAGACUAUGAGCAAAGAGGUAACACUGUGCAGGCUUGGGAUUAGCAGUGAUUUCUCUGAUGUGCAUAAGGAGGAAUUCUUGGCUUUGAAAAACUGUGAGAACUUUGUGUAGGCCAUCGUUUUUCAUUGGCAAGACAUAAACACAGAAAAGUCCAUACUGCUUCAGGGUAAGUUAGGACCAUCUAGAAACUGGUGACUGGCUGUGAGUUGCUAUCUAAUCAGCUUAGUAUUAAUAAGUUAGUUCAUGAUGUUGAGAAAAUAAUUUCUAAGUAGACGGUAUUUGUGGCUCACUAGGGAACGACAGAACGUGGUGUUUUCCCCAGUCAGCAGCUGUUUUGGGUAGAAUAUGGUCCAUGUGCCAAUGAGGUGCCCCUGGUGCAAGUGGCCACUGCCUUUCUGGCAGAAGGGAGGGCAUGAGCCUGUCAGCUGAAAGUCUACUGUGUGAUAGUGUUAUGGUGUCAUUGAAGGAUGAGGUCUGCAAACCCUGCAAUGGAAAGAGCCAGGGCAGUAGGUCGUCAGGCCCAUCUGCUGAUGCCUUGCUUGGACAAGCAGAGUUGUAUUGUGUCCGGAUGACAUGCGUAUUGAUACUGUGUCUUUAGCCCCAGUAGUUCUUUAGGGGUUUCAUAAAAAGGACAGAGGGACUUGGUGGGCGAAGAAUACAAGUAGAUUUGAACAACCAGUCUAAGCCUAUCCACGCCUGUGCUGUCGGUCGCUGCUGCCUCCUUUGUGCCAAUGCCAGUGAGCAUGUGGCCACCUGGCUGGCUGGAAUGGAAAGCUUGUCUCUGAAAAUUAAUCAUAUCUUUAUCUAGAGUUAGUUUUCAGCUGGGUCACAAGUGCUAGUGAUGGCUGGAAGGGAUUGAGUUGGAUAGAUUUAGGCUGGCUGAAGUUGCUUUCCUGGGUCCAGCAUGCACUCGGUGUACGUACGUCAGGAGGCAUUUUUGACAAAUCGAUUUGAAUACUGAUGGGUCCAAUACUAGUCGUGUUAUAAGCGCAUGCUUUAUGCAUUCAUGGGAAAGGAUGAGGAGGACAGCUUUUGCUAAGAGGUAGAGGCAGAUUUCAAGGUGUAGUUAAAAGCCCUUAGUAGGGGCCUUAUCUGGAAAUUGGGACUGGUUCAAGGGAUUGAAGUGUCCCUGUGUCCACAAGUGUCACGGGGAGGCAUGUGGGGUGUAGAAUACUCUUGUCAAUUUAUCUGUUUGCUUUUACUUUUAUAUGAUCUUAAGGGAGUCUGACGGUUCAAUAAAAGCCUUGAAUGACACCUCCUGCAUCUUCCUUGUUUCCCAGUUGCACUCUUUAUCAAUGAGGUGUGUAAGCAAGUACUUUGUUAAACAGCAACUUAUUAAAAAGUAAGGUGCGGUUCAACUGCAAGUGUGCAAAAUAAACAAAUGCUUAACAAAACUGGUAAGUGCAGCAUGUGGUGAAAACCAGUGGUAGCUCUUGGGGUGUCCUGGGUGUAGUGGAAUCACCUUUUGCCAGUGCAGCUGUUCUCCCUCUUAUGUGGUUGAAUGAGGGUCGGAGCAAUAGGAUGUGCCCUUCCCAGUAAAAUUGCACUGAAGGAGCAUGUCGGCUGAUUCAUCGCCUUACCCCACCUCUCAGGUCACACCGGGAAUCCGCUGGUGGAUGCACAUGCAGAGGUUUGCUUCCUGGUGGCUGUCAGGAUGAACGGCUGUUGGUGCUGCUGUUCUUGGUCCCUCCUGAAGCUCCUGCUCUUCCCAGAGCAGUCUCUUACUCCACUCUCUUCUUUCUUGCCUAUUCCACUAUCCCAGCUGCAAUUCAGGGUGCGGGCUCAGCUUGCGUUCAGAGUUACCGUUUGUUUUCUGUAGCAGCAGGUCUCUAGCCUUUUUUCUUUUUCCGUGCUGAUUUUGGGCUCUCACCACCCUCAGUCCAGCACAGACUAACAGUCUCAGAAAGGCCGCGGGGAAAAAAGAAGCUUGCUCUUUCUUGUAUGCAGAGAAAGAGGUUUCUUGCCUUUAAUGCUUCGUGUCACAGUAAGGCCACAAGUUUGAUACUUUUAUCUACUUGGUAUGCCUUUAUUUCAUCUCUCCACAUUCUCCUUCUCAAAGAGGGAGAAAAGACUGAAGUGAAUUGGUGAUAACUGCAGCUGUUCCUGCUGAAGCAGCCGUAAUGCUGUACACCUCCAAGUACCUGACCACUUGCCACUAUCAAGCUUCUGCAGUUUAAGGGCAUAAAGUAGGAAUAAGCUAGUUUGGAUGUUUUUUUCCCUUCUGUUUGCAGCACGGUAAUGUGAUGGCUAGUUCGUAGAAGUACAGGGAGGGUUCAUGAAUACUUUACCAAAGGGUAAACCAAGAUGUGCAUUUGUGUCUUGUUAGUUACUCUGCAGUAGCUGCUUGUUUACACAUUCUCACCCUUUUGCUCUUAAAUUCACUGUGAAGCGAGCUGUCUUGGCACCGACUAUGCAGGUGAGCAGCAGAGAUGGUAAACUAGGCGAUGAAAUUACAUUGCAAUAACUGUCUGGGUAGCCUUAAGGAUGGAUCGUGUCAGAUCAUAUGUAUCCCUCUUGCGGUCCUGAGCUGCGGUCUGUGAGGCUGCCCUGCUUCAGUACUUUGCCAAGUUGGACUUGAAUGUUUCAAGCAAUAGAGCUCUGACGGUUUGCUGUGACAGAUUCUCUCCAUCCUGAUGUGUGCUGGUGUUCACAUGUGUUUCCUUUCUAGGGAAAAGGUGAUUUCUGUCACUGCUUUGGUAGAGGUGUGUCAGUAUUGGCACUGGCAUGGCAUAGUCUGUAUUGUUUUGUUGGGUGGGGUGGGGGAAAGAAGAGAGGAGAUAUAACUGGGUAAUUGGAUUCAGGGAUGAUUAUGCUGCUGUGGUAGGUUUUACUGGAUGAAGCAGCUUGUUGCGAUAGGUGUUUGUUUCAGCUUCUGUCUGCAGGUGUGACUUGGCUAGAUAAGGAUGGUCUAUCACGAUGAUUUCAUUGUUUGAUUUGGCUGAACUGGGUGGAGAAUGUAGCUGCAUUGUUUGGGACUAGCUUUGUAGUUCGGUUUUGUUGAAGUGGAUUACAUGGCAGCACAUUGCUACAUUAUUAAGGUGAAGCUGCAGUAGAUAAUAGUUGGAGAAUGUUGGAGGGAAGAGAAUAUGCGCAGGAUUUCACAAUGCGUAACUAAUUGAGCCUCGCAACAGCUCCUGUGUUCCUGUUGGGAGAUCUGGUCAGCAGAAUGCGUUGGGAUUACACAGAAAACCUCUGGUAGUGAUUUCAGUUUGCAGUCGUACUUUAACUGCAAGACUGUCCAUGCUGUGUAAACCGCUGAGCGUGCUCCCAGAGACCGUGCUGGCCCCCACAGUGUGAAAGUUGUCUGGAUUCAUACUGCUCUUGCAGCAUUUCCAGUUUUCACGGUGGGUGAGGGAGAAUCUGGCAGGUAGCUGCUCUGUCUGUCUUUACUGACCUCAAACUUAGCAUUAAGCCGUUCCACAGAAUCUGUGUUUCUUUGUAUGACUGAACUUCCAGGUACUUAAACUUGCUUUAACAUGUGAGCGAACGCUAAUUGAUGCAGAGUUGUCUCCACUACUGAAAGUGUGGCUGAUCGGUUCUUGGGCAUGGAACUCUUUUGGCUUUAUAGGAAAUAACCGUAGUGCAAGGUGGGGCUAACCUAUCUAUCUUGAGCAAGCUUGCAGUAUGUCUUGCUUGGGAAGGUUUGCAGUUGGAUCCCCUUCUCCCUGUAGUGUAGCACAAUGACGUGAAGCAGGAGCUGCCAGAACAGUAGCAGAUAGUGCUUCUUCCUUCUAAAACCUGCCUGGUUUUCCCCUGGAUGUGAUUGCCUGGCUUUACCUGAUGCUUGAUGUUUUUAUUUAUGCGUUGUCUGGCUGUGGAGGAGAUUGUAUAUAUGAAGCACAGGGGUUUGGCAGAAGUUGCUGGGCACAUAGUGAGGGAAAGGUGAGCCUUUGAAGAGAGAUGGGUGCAGAGAAGGGGAGGUUACAUGUCCGAGCUUUGUGCCAGCUUCUCUAAGCACAGAUGAGCUCAUGGGAAUCCAGCUAGCUCAAAUGUGGGAGUGCUAAAGCAAGCCUGACCUAUUUCCCCUCUAUGCGGAGCACACAUCUUCAGACUUUUCCAUUCUGACGGUGGCUUUUUCACUGCUGACAAAUCUUGCCAGUCUGAGCAGAGGCUUCCCCUUGUCAAUGGUUCAGAGCAAGUUUCGAUUCCUCUGCUUCUGUGGCUGGCUGCAUGGGAGGGACACACAGCUUGGCUGUGCAUUCUUGUUGGUGAAACUAUUCCUCUCUUCUUUUUCCAGGUGAUCGUUUCUUGUCAGACAAGUGGUUUGCAACUCAUGGCCUCCACAAUGAGUACUGCCGUGUCGUGACACCAGGGGUCUUGUACUUGAAAGUUUGGUGAUGUCAGAAAUACUGUGCAGCCAGUGUGAUCCUGGUUCUGUUCUUCAUGUUUUCUCAUUGCACUGUGCAAGACUGGGAGUCUGAGAGAAUUCUCAUCUUACAAUAACAGUGUGCCCUGGAGAUGCGAGACUUCCCCUGGGCAGCAGGAGGCACGCGUCUAGAGAAUGCUGGAGCUGCAGGAGGGAAGUGCCCAGUGCAAAACCAGAGAGGAACAAAGAGAAAAAAGGCAAGCAGACAGCCAGCAUUGAGAGAAGCGGGUGGCAGAAAGUGCUUCGACGCUGCCUCUGGCGGCACGCUCCCCAGAGGAACUUGACGAGAGCCCAUCUGCGCGCGUGUGAGACUGUGAGCUCAGGAUUUCUGUCAAUGCAUUCCAGUAACCCCAAAGUGAGGAACUCCCCGUCAGGCAACACACAGAGUAGCCCCAAAUCAAAGCAGGAGGUGAUGGUCCGUCCCCCUACAGUGAUGUCCCCGUCUGGCAACCCCCAGCUGGAUUCCAAAUUUUCCAACCAGGGCAAACAAGGGGGCUCCACCAGCCAAUCCCAGCCCUCUCCCUGUGACCCCAAAAGUGGAGGUCACCCCCCUAAAGUGCUCCCUGGCCCAGGUGGGAGCAUGGGGCUGAAGAAUGGGGCUGGAAAUGGUGCCAAGGGGAAGGGGAAGAGAGAGAGGAGCAUUUCGGCAGACUCCUUUGAACAGAGGGAAGCUGGGACUCCUCAUGAUGACCCUGAAAUCAAAGACUGCAAUUCUGCUGAUCAUGUGAAGUCCCAGGAGUCUCAACACACACCACACUCCAUGACUCCUUCGAAUGCUUCAGCCCCAAGGUCUUCCACACCUUCUCAUGGCCUGACUGCCUCUUUGGAGCCAGCAAGUGGGCAGAAGACUCCAUCCAAAGUGGUUUACGUCUUUUCUACUGAGAUGGCCAACAAGGCUGCAGAAGCUGUGCUGAAGGGACAGGUGGAAACCAUUGUGUCCUUUCAUAUCCAGAACAUCUCAAACAGCAAGGCGGAACGAAAUACUGUACCCUUGAACCCCCAGAUCACUGCACUUCGGACUGAACCCAAGCCCCUGCCGCAGCCCCAGCCCCCCACUGCCCAGGACCAGAACCCUCCCCAGAACGCCAAAAUGCAGCCGACUCCACCUGUGUCAGCGCCAGUAUCCAAAUCCACUGGCCCCCCUUGUCCCAUAGAUCAGGACAGCCCCAGCGUGGAAAGCAAAGUGAUGUCUGUGGGCAGCCCUGCCAACUCUACCCCGUUGCAGACAGAAGGAUUUGGACAAAGUUCAACCCCCAAUAACCGAGCAGUUAGCCCAGUUUCCCAAGGUAGCAAUAGCUCCGCUGCAGACCCCAAAGGUCCUCCCCAGCCGGUGUCUGGUGGGGAUCCGUCCAGUUUGGGCGAGAAUCCAGACGGACUGUCGCAGGAGCAGCUGGAGCAUCGAGAGCGCUCGUUGCAGACCCUGAGAGACAUACAGCGCAUGCUCUUCCCUGACGAGAAGGAGUUUGCGGGAGGGCAAAGUGGGGGGCCACCCCCAAAUGCUGGGGUGCUGGAUGGUCCCCAAAAGAAACCUGAAGGGCCGAUACAGGCCAUGAUGGCUCAAUCCCAAAGUUUAGGCAAAGGGUCAGGGUCUCGGACAGACGGAGGGGCUCCGUUUGGCCCUCAAGGACACAGGGACAUGCCUUUUUCCCCAGAUGAAAUGGGGCCACCACCAAUGAACUCCCAGUCAGGACCCAUAGGCCCAGACCACUUGGACCACAUGACUCCUGAGCAGGUGGCCUGGCUCAAGCUGCAGCAGGAGUUUUACGAGGAGAAAAGAAGAAAGCAAGAGCAGGUGGUUGUGCAGCAGUGUUCCCUGCAGGACAUGAUGGUCCACCAGCACGGGCCUCGUGGGGUGGUCCGAGGCCCUCCCCCUCCCUACCAGAUGACCCCUGGGGAGGGCUGGGGACCUGGGGGUCCAGAGCCCUUCCCUGAAGGCAUGAACAUGUCGCACUCUCUGCCCCCCAGGGGCAUGGCUCCUCAUCCGAAUGUGCCCGGGAGCCAGAUGCGCCUGCCUGGUUUUGCAGGAAUGAUGAACCCUGACAUGGAGGGCCCCAGUGUCCCGAAUCCCGCCUCCCGGCCUGGGCUUUCGGGAGUUAGUUGGCCAGACGACGUGCCAAAAAUCCCAGAUGGCCGAAACUUCCCUCCUGGCCAGGGUGUCUUCAGCGGCCCUGGCCGAGGGGAGCGGUUCCCCAACCCGCAGGGCCUGCCUGAAGAGCUCUAUCAGCAGCAGCUGGCGGAGAAGCAGAUGGGCCUCCCUCCUGGCCUGAACAUGGAAGGCAUCAGGCCUGGCAUGGAGAUAAACAGAAUGAUGCCCUCCCAGAGACACAUGGAGCCUGGGAACAACCCCAUCUUCCCUCGCAUGCCGGUGGAAGGGCCGAUGAGCCCCUCCAGGGGGGACUUCCCGAAAGGAAUACCCCCACAAAUGGCCUCUAGCAGGGAGCUGGAGUUCGGGAUGGGUCCCAGCAGCAUGAAGGGGGACAUGGGCAUGAAUGUCAGCAUGGGGUCCAACCCACCCCUGGUCCCUCAGAAGCUGAGGGAGGCAGGAGUCGGGCCAGAAGAGAUGAUGAAACUGCGCCCCGGUGUCUCGGAGAUGCUCUCCUCGCAGCAGAAAAUGGUGCCACUGCCGUUUGGGGAGCACCCGCAGCAGGAGUAUGGCAUGGGUCCCAGGCCUUUCCUUCCCAUGUCUCAGGGCCCAGGAGUCGGUCUCCGAAAUCUCAGAGAACAGAUCGGGCCUGACCAAAGGACUAACAACCGGCUCAGCCACAUGCCGCCACUACCUCUCAAUCCCACCAGUAACCCUAAUAGCCUCAACACUGCUCCCCCUGCGCAGCGGAGCCUCGGCCGCAAGCCCUUGGAUAUCUCCGCAGCCGGUCAGGUGCAUUCGCCAGGAAUCAACCCCCUGAAGUCUCCCACGAUGCGCCAGGUCCAGUCUCCCAUGAUGGGGUCUCCCUCGGGGAACCUCAAGUCUCCUCAGACACCCUCCCAGCUGGCAGGAAUGCUUGCGGGCCCCACUGCCGCAGCUGCCGCUGCUUCCAUUAAGUCCCCCCCUGUCUUGGGGUCUGCUGCUGCUUCUCCUGUCCACCUCAAGUCUCCGUCUCUCCCUGCACCUUCUCCCGGAUGGACCUCAUCUCCAAAGCCUCCUUUGCAGAGCCCCGGGAUUCCCCCAAACCACAAGGCAUCUCUCACCAUGUCUUCCCCAGCCAUGCUGGGGAACGUGGAGUCGGGUGGUCCACCUCCUUCCACAGUUAGCCAGUCUGCUCCUGUGACUCUCCCUGGAAAUCUUCCCUCUAGCAGUCCUUACACAAUGCCCCCGGAGCCGACCCUCUCCCAGAAUCCCCUUUCCAUUAUGAUGUCCAGGAUGUCCAAAUUUGCCAUGCCCAGCUCUACACCGCUCUAUCACGAUGCCAUCAAAACUGUGGCCAGCUCGGAUGAUGACUCCCCUCCAGCACGCUCCCCAAACUUACCACCUAUGAACAGCGUACCAGGAAUGGGCAUUAAUUCUCAGAAUCCUCGAAUUUCAGGUCCAAACCCAGUGGGUCCAAUGCCAACCCUUAGCCCAAUGGGAAUGACCCAGCCUCUUUCCCAUAACAACCAGAUGCCCUCUCCAAAUGCUAUGGGACCCAAUAUACCUCCUCAUGGGGUUCCCGUGGGACCCGGCCUGAUGUCACACAACCCAAUGAUGGGGCACGGUUCCCAGGAGUCUCCAAUGGUACCUCAAGGACGCCUGGGCUUCCCACAGGGGUUCCCUCCUGUACAGUCCCCUCCGCAGCAGGUGCCAUUUCCACACAACGGGCCCAGCGGUGGACAAGGCAACUUCCCAGCAGGAAUGGGCUUCCACGGAGAAGGACCUCUGGGGCGUCCUACCAACCUGCCCCAAAGUUCGACAGAUCCAGCACUUUGCAAGACUGGAGGCCCUGGCGGUCCAGACUCCUUCACUGUUCUUGGAAACAAUAUGCCUUCGGUUUUCACUGAUCCAGAGCUGCAGGAGGUGAUCCGUCCUGGAGCCACGGGAAUACCCGAGUUUGACCUGUCCAGGAUUAUCCCGUCGGAGAAGCCUAGCCAGACACUACAGUAUUUCCCUCGUGGGGAGGUGCCCGGCCGCAAGCAGCCGCAGGGUCCUGGGCCUGGGUUCUCCCACAUGCAGGGGAUGAUAGGAGAGCAGACCCCGAGGAUGGGACUAACAUUGCCUGGCAUGGGGGGCCCCGGGCCAGUGGGAACUCCAGAUAUCCCUCUUGGGACGGCUCCAUCCAUGCCAGGUCAUAACCCGAUGAGGCCGCCUGCCUUCCUGCAGCAAGGCAUGAUGGGGCCGCACCACCGCAUGAUGUCACCAGCACAGACGGCGAUGCCUGGCCAGCCCGCGCUAAUGAGUAACCCUGUGGCCGCGGUGGGCAUGAUCCCAGGCAAGGACCGAGCCCCCGCAGGGCUGUACAGCCACCCGGGCCCUGUAGGGUCGCCUGGUAUGAUGAUGUCAAUGCAGGGCAUGAUGGGACCCCAACAAAACAUCAUGAUUCCCCCCCAAAUGAGGCCCCGAGGUAUGGCUGCUGACGUUGGCAUGGGAGGAUUUAGCCAAGGCCCUGGAAACCCAGGGAACAUGAUGUUUUAAGCUGCUACCAUAAGACUGGAUGUUCUGAUCCUUGUCAAGAUGAGAUUCCAAGUCCUGAGGGCUUUUUUGGGAGCUUCAGGAGUACAGUUUGGCCAUGCAAUAGGUGAAAAGAGACCAGAGGACGCUUUGGGAAAUCUCGAAUGUAUGGAAUUACCUGAAAAAAAAAAAUUAUUCAUUUUAACAGGUUGUUUUUUUUUAAGAUUUAUUUUUUAAAAAUUAUUUUUGUGGACUUGGGUAUCCCGUGACGGCACCUGCUUUGAGAAUCUGUAGCUGUAUUUUGAGAAUUGCCAUUUGUCACAAGUUGCACCAUUCUCUGUAUGUUUACGUCCUUCGGACUGGCUUCUCCCAGGACUCUUGGUUAUUUUUGGGGUUUUUUGUGUACUGUACUAUAUUGUAAAAGGGAUUUUAGCAGAGACUUUAGUCUUUGGGGUGAGAGGAGAAUGGGAUUCUAGGCUGUUUACUUUAGGUGGAGAAUCCAUCUUCAGAACUUCGGACUAUUUUCCUUCAACUCCAAUGUAUAGAAAAACCAAACUACGACCUCAGAGCAGAGUAUUAAUGAAAAGCACAAAAAGGAACUUAAGUUCAGUGAGGAGAAUCUUUUAAAAGAAAUAAAUAAUAAGUUAAGGACAUAUUUUUCAAAUUAUGGCGUGCUGUCCAGCACCUUCUGUCUCUCCCUCCCACUCUUUAUUAAAUAGGCUUCUCUCUCUCUCUCUCUCCGUCCCCCUUCUGUCUCCUCCUAUGGCAGCUGCAAUACGUUGUGUUAUUUUGGGGAGUAAAUCUAGGAGAGCCUCUCCUCAUGUGGGGACUCUUCCCACUUUUAGGAAGGGGCUGGACUUGGACACUGUUACAUCCUACAGUAGUCUCUCUCACUGUUUCCUAUUCUCCUUUUCUUAGAAACCCCAAGUGAUUUUAUUAAUGUGGGAGUGGAACAGACACUAAAAGUUAUCCAGGAUUUUUUUUGUGGUUAUUUUUUUUUCCUCCCCAGCGUAAAACGUUCUGUGUAACCUCCAUUAAAUUUGGUACAAAACCACUCGCCAGGGCUGUGGUGUCAGAAAAAUAAAAUAUAUUGUUUCUUACAAAAA